GCCUGUGCAUGCAAUUAUCCAAAUGUCGGAGAGAGGAAGACCUCGUCGAUGACAACGACGCAAUGACGGAAGCGAGCGUAACCGCCCCCCCCUAAGUCCGAUGUACUAUGAUUAGCGAAGCCGAUAUCCUGAUGGUGCAUGGAAAAAAACGCAUACUUCCGCGAUCAGGAAAAAAACAGACCUUUGAUUAGGCUCAGCCUAUAAAGCAACCAUGUUUCUAUUCAACUGUCCAGUUCCUCAACUACGAUCCUCGUGUCCUACGAGCUCUUUCUUCCGAGGUCGAGCGUGCGUCUAGUUUCGUCAGUAAAAUCGAAAGAGCUGUCCAUACUUAAUUAUUUCGACAUGCAAAUUGCUAUUCGUAGAGGAUGGUUAUUAUUCCGCUCGUGGUAAUGAGUGAAGUGUGAAAUCGAAAGUUCAAGUGCGUUAUUACUGAAGUUACACAACUCACUGUAGCCAUUUUAAAGUUUGCAUUAUCGAGUUUAUCAAGCGCAUCGACAAAAUUAAAAGCAUAAGAAGUAUAAAAAGAAAGAGAAUGUGACAUUAAUUUCCGUCGUAGAUCAUGAUAUCACGAUCGUCCGCUAAUUUUAUUUAAAUCUUUAAAGCUUACGAAUGAAAUAAUCUUUGUAGAAAAAAAUAUCGAUUCUCAAGAUGUUCCUCAUGUUAUCGAGGAUACUGUCUCGUACGAACUGCAUUCUGAUUUUGGUGAUACUCAAUCACGCGUCUUCGGCACCUGUGCAAUCCAGGAAAAACUCGCCGCUUCAAAACGAACAAGGCUUCUCGACCUUUCCAAAGAUCGUGGAAUUCCAAUUACCGCUCAAAAUCGCCUCGAAGGAAGAUUUAGUUGCUUGGUCUAAAUAUGUGUCGAAUUUGAUGGCGACAAAGGUAAAUUUGACGCCGAUUAUGAAGAACUCGCCGACAGCCGAGAAACGGCUUCCCUUUAUGAACGAUUUAGGCUCAAAAUCGAAGGAGAUGAUGAUGAAGAAGGCACCUGUCAAUGAGAAACGACAGGGCCCGCCGAACUAUCCGGCGCGAAGACUCAAGGAACCCCCUAUGCAAAGACCGGAUGACAAAGUGGUCGCUUUCCCUUUGCCCAUAGGAGCAAUGCAAACGACAACACCGAAACCGCAGGACCAUUCUAGUUUUUCUACCUCGAGUAUCAAUGGACAGACUGAUUUCGGACAAUACGUGGACUUCAACGUUGGGAAUUUCUUUCAGCAAAGUGAGAUUGAUACCUUUGGGAAUUUUGAUGCCUUCUUGCAGCCACCUGCCAACGCGUAUCUUCCAGUACCGCCGAGACAGACAGAUGAUACCGCUAAAUCGAAUCAAAAUGCUGUCGGUAAGAAUUCUUUCAACUCCAAUAAGUCGACAAAACUCCAGAAUACGAUGAAUCCUUCGAAUCCUCGCGUCAAAACCCAGAAUGACGAGCUCGGAGCUCAGAUGUUGCCGUUUUCCGUGAAUAACGGAUUAACUGAAGUGAAUAUGUCGCGUAUAGGUGAACCUCUGUUGACUUUUCCAUUCCAAGCGAUGGUCACAAUCACUAAAGAGCUUCCAGCAGCUACGAUGUUACAACUGCAGGAUUACACAGAUCUUCCGGAUGAGUUUCUGCCGUUCUUCGAAAACAACUACAGACCUAUGAACGAAUCCGGGCACGUUUUCAAUGACUUCAUUACCGAUACGAGUGAAACGAAGACACAGGGAAACGUGAAAAAGGCGGAAAACAAAAAGAAGUCACAAAAUGUACGCGAGCAAAAAAAGCAAAGUCAAAAAGCGAACGCCAGAAAGACGAACGCAAAGACGAGUGCAAAGAGUCAGAAGUCGUCGGUGAAACAACAAUCGGCCGUACUCGGAGAUUUGUUGAGAAUGUUAGGUAUCUUGCGGAAAUUGACGAAAAAUUCCACGGAGAUUAACGUCGCGACACCUGUACUCUCUAUCUUGAAAGGUACGAACACGCAGAAGAUACAAGUGGCUUUAGAGGAGGCGCUGCCUAAUCGAAAACGCAAUCAAAUAUUUCUAGCGCAACAAAUGAAUGAGGACAAUGAUAAAAAUGACAAUGAUGGGGUCCGUGAUACUGAAAACGAUGAUAUUGAAAACAGUGGUAAUGGAAACAGCAAUAAUGAAAACAGCGAUAAUGAAAACGCCGAUAAUGAAGACAUCGAUAAUGGGAACAAUGAUGACGAAGGACCGCAAACAGAAGCACAAGAGGAUGACGAGGAAGGGGGUGGAUCUAUACAAGCUAUACUCGACUUAUUACCGUUAGCUGCGCCGAUUCUCGAAGAUCUUAGUGAUCCGAAUUCCGACGUUGAUAUAGUAGAGCUGCUUGAAGGUGCACUUCCUCUUCUCGAAGGACUCUCUGAUCCAGAGGAAGACGGAUUUGAUAUUCCUGGGGUUCUACUCCCACUCUCCCAGAGGCUCAGUGAGGGCCCAGAGGGACAAGGCAGCGAUUCUGGCUCCAUUUUAGGACCAAUUGUUCAGUUAAUAGCGCCGUUGAGCGGACCUCUUUCGGGUCCUCUGAUCGCUCCGCUGAGUCGUACCAGUAGUGGCCCCGACGGCAUACAGGGAUCGGCAUCUGUAUUUGGCGCAUCGGCUGAACCUUUAAGCAAGCCAACGGGACCAUAUGGACAAUCAGUGUUGUCGGGCCUUGUUGCCGGUAUCACCGCUAAACUAAGUAAAGAAUCCGCUCUUGCGGCAGGUGAUUCGGAUGUGAAAUCUCUAGUAAGCUCGAUUGUGCAAGGCGUACUCGCUGGUGCUAGUGCUGGAUCCCAACAGAAGAAGGGUUACGGUUACGGUUAUGGUACUCCAUACGGUUAUGGUGCUCGGAACAAUAGUAACGUUAAUAGAUAUGGCAACAAUGACCCAUAUCACACAUCCACAACCUACGACCAUUAUCAAGCCUACCCUGAUUAUAGCUACAAACCUACUAAAUCAGUCCUUACCGAGCCGAUACAGACUAUCUUAGGCGCUUUCCUGAAGCUAUCGGCCACGUCGUCGACCUCCAGUGCAAGUCUAUCAGGCACGUCGUCGGAGGGGAGCUCAAAGCAGUCAGCCUCUGCCUCAUCAAAAACAUCACAAGAAACACCCACGUAUGGUCCACCCACACAUGCGACUUAUCCACACACAUAUCAUCCGACUUACGUAGCGGCGCCCAAACCUUCUUACGCUGCAUCUCCGCCGGCGAGCUCUUCGUACACGUCAUACACGCAAAGACGAACACGGCAGCAAAAGAAAAUGUGAAUUACAUAUCAUUCCGCCUGCAGUUUAUUACUUUAUCGGUAUUCAUAAAAUCAUUUCCGAUAGAUAAAGUGUACUUCAUAAUAAGAAACCAUAGAAAUUCUUAGGAUUACUUCUUGGAUUUUUUUUUACGUAAAAUCUAUUUGAAAAGACUACAUUUAAGUGCAGCUGUCAUGACUACGGAAUCGGUUCAUGACCUCUCUGGUAAAUCCCAGUGAUGGUUUUCGCAAUAACGAACUCAUUGAUACAAUCGAGAUCAUGUGGGUUCUGUAUGACACAAUAAUUGCAGAAUAAUCUUAGUCGCGCAAGGACGGCUGUCACGUCAUCGUUGAGAUUGUUCUGAACUUUCGUUUUCACCUUAUUUAAAUUGUUAUUUCCUGUGAAUAAUCUUGUGGCUAACUGUGAAUAAUUUCGUGCAACAUACAUGUACAAACACCUCGCCAUUCGCCCUUUUAACGAUUGAAUAUUGUAUUCGAACAUCAAUUACAAAAUAUAAUUAUUAAUAAAUAUGUAUAAAUAAAAUAAAAUUUAUUUAUUCUUACUAAUCGAAAUUAUUUGCAGUUAUUUUUUAUAAUUAUUAUCAGUAUCUAUCUACUGUCAAUGCUAAGCGUCUUGGACAUGAUUUUAUUUUAAUUAGAAUUAAUUAAGAACUCCUUGGCUGUACGAUACCAACUAAAAGUUAUCAAAAUGUAAAAACUGUAAGCUUUUCAGGUUUCUUUAUUUUCUUUCUAAUCAACGACAAAAAAAAUUUGGGUUGUGAAUGCAUCCUGCAAAGUUGCAAAGAAUGAUAUAAUUAAUAAUGAUUGAUUGGUAAAUCCGCCUUAGAUUCUGAAACUUGAUUAUUGCGAUUUAUGAUAGUUAUCUAAGAUAUUAUGAUAGUUAGAUACUUAUCUAACGAGCGUGCGCAAAUAACCAAUCGUGUGAUUUCGUACAUAGAAGCGAUCUUCCCUUUUCUACGGCGAUCACGGUGAACUCACCAUGAUUGCGUUUAUCCGAUUUUGCAGAUAAGUUUGUUUAGUCAUGUAGGUUUAUUACGUUUCAAAUAGUUUUAUAUUUAUUGUCACUUGCUCAAUACUGAUUUAAUACUGGAUUGUCGUAAUUACGAAAUUAGAAAUGUAUUUCUCGUGUAACCGUUGAGUACACGUUGUGAUUCGUCAAUACAUACAUUUGCGAUUAUUAGUAGUGCAUUUGUACAAAUCCAUAUCAUUUGCUCUGUAUCGCUUAUAUAAAAUACAUAUUGCUUUUUUUUUAGUGGUAAAUCAACUUCUCUCUCUUAAUUCACUGCGUCAUGUAUAAUCUCCGUUAAAUCUAACAAAUAAUUUGGCUUAUAAUGACGUAAGACACGAUUUCACGAGCCGCUCGAACCGGUUGUUUGAGGGAUAAAAGUGAUCACGUGAUUGCCUUUGUCACAAAAUUAUUCAUUAGCCAGCGGCUAAAAUUUUCUAAUUCGAACAGCUGCAUGCUUAUUAUUUCUUAUCCUAUUUCAUCUAUGUACAACAAUCGUCUUACUUGAAUAUAAUAAUACUUAAAUGUAAUAAUUCCUAUGAAAUUUUUAUAUUUUCGGUAAUUCUUUGAGAGAUGCGAUGCAUACGAGUACAUCCAUAAAUGUACUCUUGUCAAUUGGAAAAUAACUGCGACGUAAUACUUAUGACACAUCUGGCGAAAAGGAAGCGUUAGCUCUUUUACGCGGAAAGAGACCUCGCAUUUGUUUCAUACGGCACAUGCUAGUAUAGGCGUAUAAA